UGGGGGAUAACUGAUAAGACUAAGAGCUGUCCCAGUGCUACGUGUCAUCCACGUGGCAACUUACCCAUCGUUGACCUGACCUUUAUUCCACAGCAACUUUCUCCACGCCUACAAACACCAAAUUACCAAAACCAGAGCAACAACGCUAUAACAACUUGUACCAUACCCUUAACCACUUGUACUUUAGGUUGCAUAUAGCCAUUUUUACACUUGAAAAAACCUCUGAUGAUCUUGACGUCCACUCGGCGACGGUUAUCUCUCCACAAAUUCACAACCUGAAAACUUACAUUAUCAUCACUCGUGAUUUCAGAUCUCAACUCACCGAUCACUUGUUUGUUGUUCCAGAUGCAUUCGCAUCACUUGCUUCUCGAGGAACCGAUCCGGAUGGCUUCAAUUCUCGAGCCUUCUAAACCUAGUUUCUUUCCUGCUAUGACGAAGAUCGUUGGGACACUGGGACCGAAAUCUCGAUCGGUUGAGACGAUAUCAAGCUGCCUUAAGGCUGGGAUGUCAGUGGCACGAUUUGAUUUUUCGUGGGGUGACACUGAAUUUCAUCAAGAAACACUGGAAAACCUUAGGGUCGCUAUGAAGAGUACAAGAAAGCCUUGUGCUAUUCUGUUGGAUACCGUUGGCCCAGAGUUGCAAGUUGUCAACAAAACCGAGCGUCCUAUUUCUCUGGAGGCAGAAACCUUGGUCACCCUCACAUCCAAUCAAGAACAAGAAGCCACUUCAAAUCUGUUACCAAUAAACUUUAGUGGGCUUUCAAAGGCUGUGAAAACUGGUGACACCAUUUUCAUUGGACAGUAUUUGUUCACAGGAAGUGAAACAACUUCUGUGUGGUUGGAGGUCAAUGAGGUGAAAGGAGAGGAUGUUGUUUGUCUGAUAAAGAAUUCUGCCACUUUAUCUGGGUCGCUAUUCACCUUACACGUGUCCCAAAUCCGUAUUGAUCUGCCAACCCUUACUGAUAAAGAUAAGGAGGUUAUAAGCACAUGGGGACUACGUAACAAUAUAGACUUCCUUUCUUUGUCUUAUACCCGUCGCGCAGAAGACGUACGGCAAGCUCGUGAAUACCUCUCCAAAUUGGGUGAUCUCAAUCAAACUCAGAUUUUUGCAAAGAUUGAAAAUUUUGAAGGUCUAACCCAUUUUGACGAAAUCCUACAAGAAGCAGAUGGUAUAAUCCUUUCUCGAGGAAAUCUUGGGAUAGAUCUGCCCCCAGAAAAGGUGUUUUUGUUUCAAAAACAAGCUGUUUACAAGUGCAACAUGGCUGGAAAACCUGCAGUAAUUACUCGAGUUGUGGACACCAUGACAGACAACUUGAGGCCCACUCGCGCUGAGGCAACUGAUGUUGCUAAUGCUGUUUUGGAUGGUAGUGAUGCAAUUAUUCUAGGUGCCGAGACCUUGAGAGGAUUAUACCCUGUUGACACUAUCUCUACCGUUGGUAAAAUUUGCGCAGAGUCAGAAAAGGUGUUCAAUCAAGAUUUAUUCUUUAAGAAGACUGUGAAACAUGUUAGAGAACCAAUGUCCCACAUGGAAUCAAUCGCUUCCUCUGCGGUGCGCGCUGCGAUCAAGGUUAAGGCUUCUGUAAUCAUUUGCUUCACGUCAUCAGGGAGAGCUGCCAGAUUAAUUGCAAAAUAUAGGCCCACAAUGCCUGUGAUUUCAGUUGUGAUUCCUCGUUUGAAAACAAAUCAACUACGAUGGACAUUAACGGGUUCUUUUGAGGCAAGACAAUCUCUCAUCGUUAGGGGGCUCUUUCCAAUGCUUGCAGAUCCUCGGCAUCCUGCGGAGUCAACAAGUGCAACAAAUGAGUCGAUCUUAAAGAUUGCAUUGGAUCAUGGAAAGGCUAGUGGUAUGGUCAAGUCACACGAUCGUGUUGUCGUUUGCCAAAAGGUCGGUGAUGAUUCCGUGGUGAAGAUCAUCGAGCUUGAAGACUAGAUCGGUUUUCAAAACCCCGAGGUAAAUCGGAUUCGCGGGUUGUUGCCCAAUUCUAACUUGCAAUUCUCAUGUAUUUAUCAUAAUGCUACCUCAAAUAAUGACUGAACAAAACUACUUUAAAAUUCUUAUUGCAAUCCAAUUCAUGUAUCAAGCAACUUAAAGAUUCUUGUUGCAA